CCAAAAAUAAAAUACAUGCUGGCCCGGUUUUGCAUAACCUUGUGAGUGAUGCUGUUUUUCUUCUCAUCUUUCGUUAAUGGCUUCAAGAGAUCAAAACUCCAAGAAGAGUACGAAUCUCCUAAACCCAAAAAAUCUCACCUGUAAUAAUUCCCUUCUCUUUGUCCCAUUACUCUGUUUCGGUUCUCUCUAUUUGCUUUUCUCAGCUCUCAAAAAUUCCAUUGAUAAACACGCAAACCUAGAAUUUAAACCACCACCACUAUCAUCAUCAGCGAGUACAUGCGAUUAUACAAAAGGUUCAUGGAUCUACGAUCCCGUUGGGAGUAGGAAGCGAUAUGAUAAUACUUGUAAAGAGAUCUUCAAAGGCUGGAAUUGUAUAUCAAGUAAUAAAUCUAAUGCUUAUGAUAUCAUUAAAUGGCGUUGGCAACCUAGCCAGUGUAAUCUUCCUCAAUUUGAUCCAAUUAGGUUUCUCAAGCAGUUUAGUAAUACUGAUAUUGGGUUUGUUGGGGAUUCGUUGAAUAGGAAUAUGUUUGUUUCACUAGUAUGUAGUUUGAAACAAGUUUCAAAAGAAGUGAAGAAAUGGAGACCAGCUGGAUCAGACCGGGGAUAUACAUUUCUGGGAUAUAACCUUACGGUUGCGUAUCAUCGGACUAAUCUUUUGGCUCGUUAUGGUAGGUGGCAGGCCAAUGAAAAUGGUGGUAUGCUAGAAUCCCUUGGAUACAAAGAAGGUUUCAGAGUUGAUGUUGAUGUUCCAGAGGGCACAUGGGCAGAGGCCCCAAGCUUCCAUGAUAUUCUUAUCUUAAAUACCGGCCACUGGUGGUGGGCACCUUCGAAGUUCGAUCCAAUAAAAUCUCCCAUGCUUUUCUUCGAGAAAGGAUUACCUGUGAUACCUCCCAUUCGUCCUGAUCUUGGCCUUGAUAUGGUUCUAAGUAACAUGAUUUUGUACGUGGAGAAAGCAAUGCGACCAGGGGGGAUCAAAUUCUUCCGUACACAAUCUCCUAGGCAUUUUGAAGGAGGUGACUGGGAUCAAGGUGGAUCAUGUCCGCGUAUAAAACCAAUCUCGGCAGAUAAGGCUGAAGAAUUGUUUUCCUUGGAGAACAACGGGACAAAUGUGGAAACACGCCUGGUAAAUGAACACCUGUGCAGAGCGCUCAAAACAUCAAGGUUUCAAGUAUUGGAUAUAACAGGAUUGAGUGAGCUCAGAGCAGAUGCUCAUCCAUCUACUGCUGGUGGGAAGAAACAUGUGGAUUGCAUGCACUGGUGCUUACCAGGAAUCACAGAUACUUGGAAUGACUUAUUAAUGGCAUAUCUUAAUGACAUGUAACAUUGAAUAUGCAUCUGUUUAAAAAAUUUCAAAUUGAAGAUGUUAUAAACUCUGAGGUGUUCACUCACAGUAUUCUCAAGGGCCAAGGCCACCAGUUAAAUG